AUGACGACGGCGAGCGUACUGUUAACCGUUGGGACAACUUGGGGUUCUAACACCGAUAUAUGUAACAAAGAUGAAAAACUCGGUCGUACAAUGAGAAACGCGGCAGUGGUUGCUGCGAGAGAGUUACGUGAGACUCCGUCAGGAAGAGAACAGGCUUUGAGGAUAAUGAGGGAAUGGAUGCAACAGAACUGUGACAUCAAAAAUGUUAGACAAGAUGAUUCAUUUUUGUUGCGUUUUCUUCGUCACAAGAAAUUCAGCGUGCCCAUGGCUCAGCAGACCUUACUGAAAUAUUUGAGCCUAAGGAAAUACUAUCCAAGCAUCUUUAAGAACUUGGAUUGUGAAAAUCCCAAAAUAAAAGACAUAAUUAACAGCGGGUACAUAGCCGUGUCGCCUGUCCGUGACAGCAAUGGACGGAGGGUCAUCAUUUACAAUAUGGGUAAAUUCGAUCCCAUUAAGUACAGCUGUUGGGACAUGUGCCGAGCUCAUGUUGUGGUUUAUGAGAGUUUGCUUGAAGAUCCAAACGAUCAGGUCUUUGGUUUUACUCACGUUGGUGAUGGGAGCGGUUCUACCACAUCCCACGUGACUGCAUGGAACCCUAUCGAUUUUGCAAGGCUUCUGAAGUGGGGCGAGCAAUCGUUGCCAAUGCGCCAUAAGGAAUUCCAGUUGGUAAAUGUUCCCGCUGCAUUAAAAUACAUCAUAGACUUCGCAACCAGCAAAGUAUCCCCUAAAAUGAGCGAGAGAUUGAUUAUACAUACAAAUAUGAAAAAUUUACACAACAAAGUCGACGUAUCCUGCCUACCAACAUCCUACGGCGGUCACAUACCGUUGCAAGAUAUGAUACGUUUUACAAAAGAUUUGCUUCAUGAAAGACGACAGACUGUUUUGGCUCUCGAUGAUAUGGAAAUCCUGAGCACAAGAGGAAUCAUUUCAUCCAGAAAGCCCACUAAUGCGCUUAAACCUGAAUCUAUUUCCGUCGAAGGAAGCUUUAGGAAAUUAGAGAUUGAUUAA